GUAACAAUUUGCCUGAUCUUUUGAAGUAGGUGCCGGCACGCGCAGGGAUGGGAAAUUGGGUUGCUAAACUUUUUUACGGUUCUACAAAAAGGGAAGGUAUUAAUGGGUCAGCACAGGGGAGGAUCUAUGCACGAGCUAUGCCCCAAAUUCCUGGAUCCGCCCCUGGGUCAGCAAGAGUAGCUUCUAGGAUUGAAGAAGGAAGUGAUGAUGAUUCCGGCAGCAGCAGCAGCAGCAGCACAGAAUCGUGCUCAAACACCACGGCCAACGCUAGCGGGACUACGACGGUUUCCGUUGACGGUGGGGAGGGCAGUUUAGCAUGCAAUGAUACUAAUAAGAAGAAGAAGAACAAUAAGAAGCACCAGCAGCUUGUUGUAUUGAAAAACCCAACAUGGCAUAACAUUCAUGAAAAGUACUGGAUUGACCAUAGCCGGGAGGUGGGGAGAGGAGGGUGGGGGGUGGUACGCGUGUGCAUAGAUUUGGACUCCGGCGAGGAACUGGCGUGCAAGUCCAUGGUCAAAGCCAAACUGGUGCAGAAUGAUGAGGACGUUGAAUGCCUGAGGAGAGAAAUUGCGAUCUUGUACCACUUGCAGAACUGCCCAAACGUUGUCACCAUCAAAGGCGCUUUUGAAGAUGACGACCAAAUCCACAUUGUGAUGGAGCUGUUAAAGGGCAAUUCGUUGCUUCACCCCUUCCACGAAAGGACGCUCUUGGGCCUCACCCUCACAGAGGAGGAGGCUUCAAACCUUACCAGGGCUAUUGUGCAAGUUAUCCAGGUCUAUCUAAUAAAUAAAUCAAUAUACACUCAUUAAAUACGACUAAAUGAAAUGCUUUUGCAGGAAAGAAUAGAGUAUAACUUUAAAAUUCUCUAAAUAGGACUACCUUUUCCAUCUUACCCUUGCUUUUUUUAAUAAAAUAAUAACUCAUGUUUCAUUAAUAC